CUGCUGCCGUGGGGGGAAUCUGAGCUAUUCCGUCCCCCUUGGGUUGGUCACGUGUCCUUAGGGAGCGUUUAGUUUGGUGACCACGUCGGGAGAGAGAGGUAGCGCGCACCGUUGCGCACAGCCGAGUUGGACAGCAACAUCUUUAACACGCGCUAAUGACCGGUGGCGAAUCAACCAGAUCAGUAUUGUUUUGGGCGUUGUCAUAAACACUCACAAUAUGUGAUACACAGAUCCGUCAGGCACCGACACAGCGUGUGCGAUCCUCCAGUCACCGACUCGUCAAAACUUCUGCGCUUACAGUACCAACUGUGAUCUUUACUGCGAGCGUCUCAUUGUUGCCAGCCACUGCUACAAGUCGACCUACGGAGCUGUCACGCCGAACCAAGCCCAGCGUCGUCCACAGUGGUGCUGCUCAUUGCUAACUAGGCUGCCUCCAAGCCCACAGGUAAUUGGCCAGCUUUUGUGGGAUUUGAUGUCACCUCUAGAUUGGUUCAACUGAAGAUGGAAACACUGGAGUCUGAGCUGACCUGCCCGAUCUGCCUGGAGUUGUUUGAAGAUCCUCUGCUUUUGCCCUGCGCCCACAGCCUGUGUUUUAACUGUGCUCACCGCAUCCUGGUGUCUCACUGCUCCACCAGCAAGCCCCUUGAGUCCAUAUCGGCCUUUCAGUGCCCCACCUGUCGUUACGUCAUCACGCUGAAUCACCGCGGCCUGGAGGGCCUUAAGCGCAAUGUGACGCUGCAGAACAUCAUUGACCGCUUUCAAAAGGCCUCCCUUAGCGGCCCCAAUUCCCCCACUGAGAGCCGGCGCCUGCAGCCGCAGCGGCCCUACACCGCCACCAUUAGCGGUACAAUAGCUGGGACAAUCGGCGGCGGUGGUGGUGGCACAAGUGGAAGCAGCGCCCGCGGCAGCCCGGCCACUUCCAGCCACUCCCACCCGCACGCCAACCACACCAAUCACACCAACCACACCAACGCAAACCACAGCCCAGCUGUUGUUGCUAAAAUGGAUCCACGCAUCAGCUGCCAGUUCUGUGAGCAGGAUCCGCCGCGUGAGGCUGUCAAAACGUGUGUCACGUGUGAGGUAUCGUACUGCGACCGCUGCCUCCGCGCAACACACCCUAACAAGAAGCCGUUCACAAGCCACCGCCUUGUGGAGCCGGUGCCAGACACUCACAUUCGCGGUCUGACCUGCUUGGAGCACGAGAAUGAGAAGGUCAACAUGUACUGCUUGGUGGAUGACCAGCUCAUCUGUGCCCUCUGCAAGCUGGUGGGGCGUCACCGGGAUCACCAGGUGUCCUCACUCACUGAACGCUUUGAUAAGCUCAAGGCUUAUCAGGUGAGCCCGGGCAGAGUGUCAGAUGCGGUAAUGGAGGCUUCAAAGACAAGCGCUGCGCAAACCCUGGAGAACAACCUGACCAACCUGGUGAAGAGAAACAGCGAACUGGAGAACCAAAUGGCAAAGCUCAUCCAGAUCUGUCAACAGGUUGAGGUGAACACAGCCAUGCAUGAAGCCAAGCUGGUGGAGGAGUGUGAUGAGCUAGUCGAGAUAAUCCGCCAGAGAAAACAGGUCAUCGCUGUGAAGAUCAAAGAAUCCAAGGUGAUGAAACUGCGUAAGUUGGCUCAGCAGAUCGCAAACUGUCGCCAGUGUCUGGAGCGCUCUAGUGCCCUCAUCACACAAGCUGAACAGAGCCUGAAGGAGAACGACCACGCCCGCUUCCUCCAGACCGCUCGAAAUGUAGCAGAAAGGGUUGCCAUGGCGACGGCCUCCUCCCAGGUACUCAUCCCUGACGUCAACCUGAAUGAGGCGUUUGACAACUUUGCCUUGGACUUUUCCCGGGAGAAGAAGAUUCUGGAAGGACUAGAUUACCUAACAGCUCCCAGCCCGCCAUCCAUAAGAGACGAGCUGUGCACCGCCUCCCAUGACACCAUCACUGUUCACUGGACGUCAGAGGACGAGUUCAGCGUCACCUCCUACGAGCUGCAGUACACCAUCUACACCGGCCAAACUAAUUUCAUCAGUUUGUACAACUCGGCAGACAGCUGGAUGAUCGUACCCAACAUCAAGCAGAACCACUACACGGUGCACGGCUUGCAGAGUGGCACCCGUUAUAUCUUCUUCGUCAAGGCUAUCAACCAGGCAGGAAGCCGCAACAGCGAGCCAGCCCGCCUCAAAACCAACAGUCAACCCUUUAAGUUAGACCCAAAGACGGCCCACAAGAAGCUGCGUCUGUCCAAUGACUGUCUGACCAUGGAGAAAGACGAGAGCUCACUGAAGAAGAGCCACACCCCGGAGCGCUUCAGUGGCACAGGCUCUUAUGGCGCAGCUGGUAACGUCUUCAUUGACAGCGGGUGUCACUACUGGGAGGUUCUGCUGGGAGCAUCCACAUGGUAUGCCAUCGGCGUUGCUUACAAAUCAGCCCCGAAAAAUGAAUGGAGUGGCAAGAACUCAUCCUCAUGGGUGUUCUCGCGCUGCAACAACAACUUUAUGGUGCGCCAUGACGGCAAGGAGAUGCUGGUGGAGGCAAGCCUGCAGCUGAGGCGGCUGGGUGUCCUGCUGGACUACGACAACAAUUCACUGUCCUUCUAUGAUGCCAUGAACUCCCAGCACAUUCACACCUUUGAAAUCUCCUUCCUCCUGCCCGUUGUACCCACUUUCAUGAUCUGGAACAAGUCAGUCAUGAUACUCUCAGGGCUACCCGUCCCCGACUUUGUUGAUGGUUUGGCCUCAGAUCUUCAAGAGCAGCAACAGCAGCAGAUGGGCCUGUGCCGACAAGAGUCUCCAUACUUGACCGGGAUGAAGACCUGCCACUGAGAAAAGGCCCACCAAGGGCCCGGUGACUGGUUGAUUGGGAGCUGAAAGACGUUGACAGUGCGACUGAGUUCUAUUCUCUGCAUUUAGCGAGGACCAGUUACUUUCUUAUGGAUUUAGAAAGUGUUGAAGAUAUGCACACCAGUCUGGAAAAAUGUCAGUCCUGUUAGUUUGUAGCGAUCCAAUGCUUUGCUAAUCCAUCAGUGGGAACAAGGUCUCUUGACCACAAACAUCAGUAGACCUAAAAUCAUCUGAUGUCCUAGCGUCACUCAGGGCAGGGCUGGGCAUCUGGUUUUAAUGACCAUUUAAGGUCUUCCUUUUUGAUUUAUCUUCCUCCUGAAUUGACCCUAGGCUGAAGACCAAGGAAGGAAUAUUCUCAUCUUCCAUUUAGAGUUUGAAGUUACAACAUUUGAACAGUGAGAUUACUUCUCAGCUGUGGUAGAUUAAAAAACAAAACAAUGCAGAUCCAAAAAUCCAAUGAAGACUGCAGACAUUUUAACUGAUAUGUCAGUUAUCUGUUUUCUUGGCAAGAGUUAUAUGAGAAGAUCAAUACCACUCUCAUAUUUGUACAUGAAGCUAGAGCCAGCAGCCAGGUUAGUUUAGCAUAGCAUAAAGACUGGGCGGCCUCCAGUCUAGUUCCAGCACAUAACUUCCUGUAAAACUAGUGUCGAUUUUACAUUUCUCAGUAAACAAAUGAGAUAUUAUGUGUACAAUGGUUUUUUACCUUUGGACUGAGCCAGACUAGCAGUUUCCCUGUGUUUCCCGCCUUUCUUAUAAACUAAGCUAACUGCUAGCUUUAUUAGCGUGCAAAUAUUCUUCUAAUCUAACUCUUGACAAGAAAGGGAAUAAGCAUGUGUCCCAAAACAUAUCUUCCUUUAAAUGAGGAUGUGCCUUCUUUGAAUCCACUUUAAUGUGUGAACUACAUGCUACCAUCUUGCUAACGCAAAUACAUGCUAGCUGUGGACAUUUUGUAUUGCUUCACAUCACUGUUCAUGUGUUGUAGCCUCAGUAGCUGUAAGUGGUCGUUGCUAAAGUCUUUUCCUUGAUCUUCCUGCUAGUUUUGACACAGCGGUCCUGUUUGUGUUGGCUGGUUGUAGCUUCCGAGUAUCAGGAAGUGUUAACUUUGCUCCCAGAUAUGAACAAGAUGUUCAUGUGACUACUCGACUUGUAUAAUAAGAGGUUUAUUGAAUAUUAUAGGAAAAAAGUGUUAUUUAUGACAAAAAAGAUCGUUUACUUUUAUUAUUAAUCUCAACAUAUUCAUGAUGCACUUUUUGAUUAACACUAUUUCCCCUCUAUGAGUAUUAAAGUAGAUGGAGCUGAGAGGCAGGGAUGUAAUGGGGAGGCAAAGUGACAACUAGCACUACUGCUGGCUGUGAAAGCCUCCUCUGAAAAAUAUACAUCACCUUAUUUUCCUACUUAUAUUUCAACCCGUUCUCAUUCCAAACUCGUAAAAUAAGUACGUUUGGUCAGUGGCCUUCAGCGUCUGAUGCGACGAAAAAGGCACCCUUCGGCGUAUUUGUGUAACGUACUGGGGAGAGCCGCAGUUGGAUGAGAUUUAGCGAGUGGUAUGUAAGGAGAAAUUGUUGCAUGAGGAGGUUGGUUGUGGUGGAUGGGUGAAACACCGGACUUUCACUCAGGAGACUCGGGUUCGCGCCCCGCGUGUGGUGUUUUGUUUCCCCGUCUCCGGCGUGUGUUUCCCGGCUUUUGAGGCGUCCUUC